AUGGAUUUCGAUCGGUUGCAGGUUGAGGUUGCAUUUCCGGUGUUUGGUCGAACCGAAGGAAGAGACAUGACGAAAGCAGAGGGCUCUCUCUCUUUCCCUUCCGGCUACUCGAUGCGAGCAAAGAUAAGGUCCGAGGAGACGGAGGUCGAUUGGUCCGAGGAGGCGUCGCGAGCAGCGAUCUCAGUGAAGAUGAUACCUUCGGAGGAAAGAAAACAGAUCAUCAAUAUGAUCUCGGGGUGUUUGUUUGUUUUAACAGGAAUCUAUGGAAUGAAUAAAAUGGUUGGUUGGUUGUUGAUGUUUGAUAAGAAAAGAAGAAGAUUAUCAGUUAUUGAAAAGGGUGUUUGGCUGUUUGUUGUCUACGCAAAGGGGAAAGAAAACGAAGCAAGGAAAAAAAAUGUGAUGUUCUUCCUCAUGUUUGCAGGAAUACAAAAGAGCAAGAACAAAAUGGUUCUUCGUUAG